CCGAGAUCGCAAUGUCCUGGAUUGGCUCCUUGCGUCAGUGAGCCAUGGCACUGAGCUGGUGCGUGCCAAGACUUCGAGGAAAUGCAAAAUGAUGCUCUCAUCCAGCGGCUGAAGGGCGAGCUUCAGGAAGCCGCCGAGGCGGGCAUCGCGGAGUGCCGCGCGGCCGAGGACUUGCGGAAGCGGAACGAUGACCUGCAGAGCGAGCUGGUGGAGUGCAAACUGUCCCCGCCGCUGAGCACCUUGAGCACCAGCAGCGAGUGGCGAUGGCCCACGCGCUCCAGCGGGGUGAAAGCGCGGGGCAGCAUCACCAGCAGUGAGGGCGGCGUGGCCGGGCCGUUGAGGAAGCAGCACCUUGCAGCUCAGUUCGAUGCUGAUAUGGAUGAGUACAUCCGCGAGAACGAGGAGCUCAAAGAGAAGGUCACAACGCUGGAGAAAGCCAACCGCGAGCUGGAGAAGGUAACGGCAGAGAUCAACGAGAAUCAGCCGAGAUCUCCCCAAUCACCAGCAGGCUCAGCGAAGGUGGGACUUCAGGUCCAACACGUCGCCCGCAACAUUGCACGGGACCGUGCUGAAGAAGAGCUUAAGCGGGAAGUGGAGAUCGAAAAGUGUGAAGUGGCGGCACUCCAGCAAUCCCUCGAGAAGUUCAAAAGAGAGGCUGCUUUUGAGCUGCAGAAAGCGCGCGCAGAAGUGGAGGAGGAGAGAGCAGCAAAGGAACGCGACAUUCGAAAGACGGAGCAAGCUCGCGAGAAGGAAGUCCAAUGGCUCCACAACGAGCUGGAUGCGGCAAAGCUUCGCUACAUAGCCAGAGGCGUCCCACGACAGUCUCCUGGGCCCAGUGAGGUGCCGGCUUUCGGCAAGCCCGAGAAGAUGGCCAGCAUUCUUAUCGAAGAGCCUGCAAGCCUGGCGGACGAGUUGGGUCACUUCGUUUGGCCAGCUGAGGAGGACUCCAACCUGGAGGCGGAGAUCAGUGAGCUGCGAGAAGAGCUGCAGAUGAUGGAGCAAUUCCACGCAGCGGAGACUGAGUCCAGUCACAGGGCGAAGGAGGAGCUGGCGAAGACAGAGGUCGCCUUGAGGACUGAGAUCCAGGAGGUUCAGGGUCUGCGUCGCGCGCUGGAAGCUCAACGAGGUGCGGAAGUCAAGACCGAGAAGAUAAAACCAUCUGAAGAAGCUGAGACUGCUGAGAAGCCUGCCAAGGCCGAGAAGGCUGAGACAGCUGAGAAGCCUGCCAAGGCCGAGAAGGCUGAGACAGCUGAGAAGCCUGCCAAGGCCGAGAAGGCUGAGACAGCUGAGAAGCCUGCCAAGGCCGAGAAGGCUGAGACAGCUGAGAAGCCUGCCAAGGCCGAGAAGGCUGAGACAGCUGAGAAGCCUGCCAAGGCCGAGAAGGCUGAGACAGCUGAGAAGCCUGCCAAGACCGAGAAGGCUGAGACUGCUGAGAAGCCUGCCAAGGCCGAGAAGGCCUUUGACAAACCUGAAAAGGCUGAGACAGCUGAGAAGCCUGCCAAGGCCGAGAAGGCUGAGACUGCUGAGAAGCCUGCCAAGACCGAGAAGGUUGAGCCCAGGGAAAAAACGAAGGAUGCGAAGAAUGCGACUGCGCAGGAUGCAUCUGACAAGAAGGGCCUGAAAGCUACAAAGGAUGUGUCAAAGGAUGCGAAGGGCAUGGAGUCAAAGAAUGACGCCAUCAAGAAGGAAGCGCUAGAGAUGGCCAAACAAGAGCUACAAGGUGCGUUAAAAGAAAAGCAAGAGGAGAUCACCUCCUUGAAACGGGCCGCAGACCACCGGGCAGCGGAGCAAGCGCAGGAGCUGGCAGCAUAUGCCAACAGCGCCAAGCUGCGAGAGAGGCAUCUGGUGGAGCGCAUGGAGCACUUUGAGAGCUUGGCGCAAACGUCGCACCAGGAAGCGAAGGUACAGUCGCGGGCAGAAGCCAAAGUCCAGUCGCAGGAGUCUCCGCUACAGCUUCAGCCUUUGAAGACUGAAGUGGCAGAGCUAAAACUCUGGAAGGAGGAGGAGUUGGCCAAGCAGCGCUCGGAAGCGCGGCGCCUGGGCUCCGAGCGCGCCGAAGCCGAGAAGCUGAAGGCGCAGGCGGCCGCGCUCUUUGACGAGGCAGAUCAAGAACGCCAGGAGCUUCAAAGGAUGCGAGCCCUGAGCUUGCAGGAGCCCAGCAGCCCUUCCAAAGCCAAGCCGGCGGACUCAGAAAUGCUGCGGACACUCGCUGCCCUACGCUAUAUUGAUGCUCAUUUAUACCCGUGAGACGCGUUGGACACCCAUUACAUCGGAUGCCUUCAUGAGCAGAGGGCAUCUGGUGAGCAAGAAUGCCUUGUAUUGUCAUUCCAGCUAGCUGUUAAUGCAAGAUGGUCUGUGCAGACUGAACGUUUGCACCGCCUGGUAUUUUCAAAACGGCUAAGCCGUUCUGAAGCCGUUCGUCGGAUUUAUCGCA